CUGAUUAAAUUGUUAUUUAGAAUCCCUAGAGACAGUAUCGUAUUAUCAUUUGGCCUAGCUCAAGAAGUAACAUUUGAAGAAGAGCUUCAAAAAAUUACAACGAAUUGCUGUUCUAUCUUCGGCUACGACAUAGUAAGUGGAAGGCGAAUGAUGUUAGAAAAAUAUAAUAUGAAAAAAGUAAAGUUUCUUUAUUCGCUUUUGAACCUGGACAACAUCACAACAUAUGAGGUGCUUCCACAGUUCCUCAACAUGUAUCGUCCAGCACAGAUUACGCUGGAGAUCCACGGCAUUUCCAUGCAAACAGUCAAACUCCUACAAAGGAUUUCACUUUGUGGUUAUUGGUUGAUUUCUUAUGAAAUCAAUGGAGGGUUUCAUGAUGCGUGCGAGUACUCUUUUAUUCAUGAAUCUGCAUUCAACAAAUACCACGCCUUCCCUUUGGCUAGGUAUUUGGACUAA